AUGUAUUUACAUUUUGUUGGUAAAGAAAUGCAAACUAUAGGUGAUACAUUAACAACAACAAAUUUUAAUUAUUCUAAUAAUGAAAAUAACCAUUUAAAAGCUUUAAAUCAUGAUAAUGAAAGUCAAAAUUCACGGAAUCCUCAAUUAAAAAAAAAUCGAAAAAAUAAAUUAUCUGAUAAGGCAGUUUCUGAAGAACAAAAAUGUUUAGUAUGUGGUGAUAGUAGCUCUGGAAUACAUUAUGGGAUUAUUUCGUGUAAUGGAUGUAAAACAUUUUUUCGACGUGUUGUAAUUGAAAAUAGAACAUAUUCAUGUCAAAAUGAUGGAAAAUGUAUUAUUGAUAAAAGUAUGCGUUGCGCAUGUCGACAUUGUCGAUUUAAAAAAUGUCUUGAUUUGGGAAUGGAUAGGUCUGAGUUAAAUAUUGAAAGGAGAAGAAAAAGAAAGACAACAAAUUUUGAGGGAAAUAUUAAUGAAAAUAAUAUUGAAGUAAAUGAUUUUACUUUAAAAUUAUUACUUCAAAGAGAAAAACAAUUUGUCUCAAUGUUAAAAUCUACAAUUGCUCCAAUUCAUUCUACAUUGGCGGAAUCUUUAAAUAAUCCAAAGUCAACAUUUUUAGAAGUAGAAAAAUAUGAGGCAGUUCAAAUGAAACCUGGUGAUCAAACAAAUUUUUCAUAUUGGAGAGCUAAAAAUUUGAGUACAUUUAUUGAAUGGGCUAAAACAUUUGAUGAAUUUCAAUCUUUAAAACAAAAAGAUAAGGAAUCUCUUCUCGUGCAUACAGCGUUUUCAUAUCUUGUUUUAAGUGAAGCAUUUCAUACACCUGAAAGAUAUUCAGAUCGUAUUGUUUUUCCCGAUGGUUUAUCAGGAUAUAGAAAUUUAUCUGCUGACAUACUAAAAGAACGUAGUGGAUUAAUACCUACUGUAGUUGCAGUGAUAAACCAUAUAUUAGUGCCAAUUAGAAAAAUGAAAAUGAAACUUGUAGAAUAUGUUUUAUUGCAAGCAAUUAUAUUUUUUGAUCCUGAAUGUUUAGCAUUAUCACAACAAGCUAUACAAUGUAUAAGUAAAAAAAGAAAUGAAUUGUUGAAAUGUUUAAGAUUAUAUUUACAAAGUGAAAUGAGUAAUGUUGAUGCAAGUGCAAGAUAUGCAGCAUUACUACUUAGGAUUUCCAAUGUACAUAAAGUAGCAGCAUUUAAACGUGAAACUAUAUGCACUAUUGAAACAUUUAACUUGAUGUCACCACAUUCUUUGACAAUGGAAAUAUCAAAAAGAUACCCGGAAACAUCAUUUUUUUAG